CAGACUAGACCUUUCUGCCACCAUCAUGCUGGCACCAUGCAUGUAACCAGGUGUAAAAUGAUUUGCAGCCUUUAAUAUCGAGAAAGAAGGAGAGAAAGAUAAGUGUAGUGUUUAAAGAACAACCAAAUAUUUUCCAUUCAAACAAGACCAGUAAUCUGUGUACGAAUAUGGCCAGCCCCCAGACAAGUCUGAAAACCCCUUUUAAAGACCUGACGUCAUUCAAAGGCAACAUGAAAAGUCUUUACAGGGAGCGGCUGGAGGAUGCACCCAUUAAAAAACGGGUAAUGGCAGAGAUGCACUUGAAACGUAGCAGUCUAGAGACUAUCCCUAAACCCCCGAAGAUAAAGAAGGAGCGCGAGGAGCAUACCAGCUCUGAGAUGGAAAUUGAGGGGAGGCAGUUCCAUGUCGUCGGAGCUUCCAAGGCAUUAGAUCUUAGCGCUGGACUCAAGCACACUUUGGCUCAAUUCACUCUAAGCAGCCAGAGCUCCCUGGGAGGUCCUGCUGCUUUCUCAGCAAAAUCUGCUCAAGAGUGUGCCUCUCCUGCUGGCAUGGCUCUCAUACCAUCUCCUUCAGUCCUUGGAGGCGGCCCUGUCUUGGUUCCCUGUGACAGCUCCACAGAGCUUACGCACUCUCUUCUAGAAAGAGAGUCCAUCUCUUGCUUUGUCGUGGGGGGUGAGAAGCGCCUCUGUCUGCCCCAGGUACUCAAUUCAGUUCUGCGAGACUUCUCUCUGCAGCAGAUCAACGCAGUGUGUGAUGAACUUUAUGUUUACUGCUCCCGCUGUGAUGCCGAACAGCUGCAUAUUCUCAAGGUGCUGGGCAUCCUGCCUUUUAAUGCACCUUCUUGUGGCCUAAUCACCCUGACUGAUGCCCAGAGGCUCUGUAACGCCCUGCUCCGUCCAGGGUCUGUCCUCCCGGCUGACCACAACAGCAAACUGACAUGUCAAGGCCUGCUUAAGGAGAGUGAGGCCAGUUUCCAGGUGGAGCACCAGUGUCUGGGGAAGUGCCAAGGCCUGUUUGUGCCCCAGUUCUAUGUCCAGCUAGAUGCCCCCUGUAUUCAGUGUAUGGAAUGUCAGCUGCUCUUUUCCCCACAGAACUUUGUAAUGCACUCGCACAAGUCCCCUGACAAGAGGACCUGCCACUGGGGCUUUGAUUCAGCUAAGUGGCCCUACUACUUACAGCUGGGCCGCAAGCAUGAGGGCACGUCAAAGGAGUCCCAACUCAAACAGCUGCUGGAUGAGAUGAAGGAGAAGUUUCACUACCAGCUAAAGAUGUCUCUGGACAAAAAGGUGGUCGAUGACAACAGUCAUGGGCGGAAGUCCAGUCCUGCCCCUUCCCCUCCCAACAGCAAGCUGUCUGAUAGUGUCUGUGAGAAAAAGGGUAACUCCCAGUCUUCACUUGUGUUCAAUCGAAUGUUUGCUGACAUCAAAGAGGAACCAGGACACGGCCCCAUCAUCCACCCGAGUUACUACCUGUACACAUACGAUAAGAUGGUUGCUCCAAACGUGUCCCUGCAAAAGGAGGGGGAGGUGAGCCAUGAGUUUCUGGGGGCCCUGCUCAAACAACACUACAGCAGGAGAACAUUCGCCCAUGGCAGCCAGCCUUCCAUAGAUCUUCCUGCAUCCCUUUUCCCCAUCGCUGAGGAGGCCAAAUCCCAACAAACGGGCAAUGCGCACGAGUGCCGCCAACCUCCUCCACCAGUCACCAUGGAGACCAGCCUAGGUGGUAAGCAGCACGCCCCCGCUCCCACGGUGGGUAAAGAUGGUACAGAGGACGACAAAGACAGGAUCAUGCUGGAGAUUGUGCAGAUGUACCGUCGGCAGCAAGAAAAACUCAACUCCACCCUUCAGAAACAGCUUCAGCUGGAGAUGGAGCUGGAGGCAGUGCGCGGGGGUGAGGCAGCCAGGCUGAGGGAGUUGUCUGCAGAGCAGCUGGAACUCCAGAAUGAGCUGGAGGCAGUGCACACUGAGCAUGCUCAGAGACUGGGGGAGGUGCGGCAGGAGCAGAGGCAGCUGGAACACAGACUGGAGCAGCUCAGGCAGCAGAGCUGUGCCUGCCAACCAAAAGAACAGGAGGCGCAAUACAACGCACAGCUGUGCGAGCUGCGCUGUCGUCUCGAGCGUGCUGAGAUGGAACGCCAGGAACUGCAAGAAGAGCUGUGCAGAGAGCGGGAGGCCAGAGAGAAGAUGGAGCUCAUGAUCUCGCAGCUUCAACAGCAGAUGGCCAAGUCUGGCACCAAGGGGAGCCGCAGUAGUAGCCCUACCCAGCCCCCGACCCCCUCCGCCAGCCCCCAAUCCCAGCAUUCCCCCUCUUCACUGGCCCAUGAGGUAACCUCCAGCUAAACUGCUCCACCCGCCCCU